UCUGCACUUGUGGGGUUCUUAAAACCAAUGGGCCGGGGAUAUAUAUAUGCAGACAGACAAGACUUACAGCGAAAAUGUUACUAGAAAUUUUGAUUGCUGGAAUUGUUAUAAUAUUAACCUUGAUAAUAUGCAGACUUGGAUCAUUUCUAUACAAGUGGUCAACAAGGCGUCAUCAAGUCCCACCGGAUGUGGUCAUUCUGUAUCAAAUCGGCAGAGGUCCAUUUGCACCAAGUGUCUCCCCCUUUCCUUUAAAAUUGGAGACGUUUUUACGGAUGACGAAAACUCCAUACGUUAACGAUCACUCGGGAAAGUUUUCCUCCAAAAGAAAAACACCUUGGAUAGAGUAUGACGGGAAAUCUAUAGCUGAUUCCCAGUUCUGCAUUGAUUAUAUAAAGAAAAAAAGAGGCGUGGACGUUAAUGACGACCUGCCUCCCUCAGAUCGAGCAGUGGCCAGGGCGUUUCAAAAGAUGACGGAAGAAAAUCUAUAUUGGACGAUGUGCAUUGAAAUGUUCGGCGAGGACACAUCAACAGUAGAGAAGGUUAUACCGUACAAAGGGCUGAAACUCUGGCUCACCAUUUGGUUCCUCAAGCGCGUCAUCAAGAAAGAGACGUGGGGCCAUGGUAUAGGCCGACACACCCCGGACGAGGUCUGGUCCAUAGCUGUGGAUGACAUGACUGCAAUAUCUAACUUUCUUGGGGACAAAGAGUUUUUCAUGGGAUCAGAGCCCAGCGAAGUAGACUGCGCGAUGUUUGGAAUGUUAACCAUGAUAAUAUUGAACAUGCCGAACUCAAAACACGAUAGAUAUGUAAGAGAAAAUUUACCAAACAUAGUUCGUUACUGUGAACGGAUGAAACAACGAUUUUGGCCUGAUUGGGAAAGUCACAUUCUAACAAGCAGCAAGUACGAAAAUGAUGACGGGAAAAUUUAUUUCAAUUCACCAGAAGAAAGAUCCUAAAUAUAGCUUUAAAUCCUAAACAUACACUGCUUUAGGUAUUGUAUUGGAAAUUCAACCACAAACGUUUUCGUAAUAUGGAAACCCAAAUAUUGUAAAGUCCAUGCGCAAGUAACAUGAACUAAAAUUUUUGAGUCCAGAAGUUACCAUUUGAACGAAGGUUGUAUAUGUUUGAGGUUUUACUGUACUUUAACAUUUUACAAUUUUUCAUUGUAAAUAUUGUUAAAUGUACUAAAAUCAUUGAUCAUGUUGUGAUUCGUUUUUCAUAAAGCUCAUAUGAGCUUUUGCCCCAGAAUCAAUUUUUCCGGACGGCCUGGUGGGAUUUGUCCGGUGUUAUUUGCUUCCAUUUUAUUUUUGUUCAGAACAGAAAAACUCAAAGCAAGCGAACUUGACUCAAAGCAUCUUUCAAUAAAAGGUUUAUUUACAAUUUUGCAUAUACAAUAAAAUUCUUUACUUCUUCGAAACGGUGAAAAUAAUUUUGAUCACUUAAACUUUUUUGAAUGACGAUUGAAAACUUUUUAAUUUCCAACAAUUUUUAUAAUUCAAAUGAUACUAUAGAAAUAUUUAAAUUAUAGUAUUGUUAAGGUUUUUUUCAUAAGUAUAUGGAAAAAAAGUGUAUGGUAUUUUUUCUCAAGAAUAAGAUAUCUAAAAUUGCGCAGUCCAGAGUUAAUAUUGAGUAAACAGAAUAUACAGUAAGCUGACCAUGGUACUGUAAAUAAAAAAAUAAAUAAAAUCUACAACUUGACAAUAUUGUUAUUGUCAAAUACUUUGUUACGAAGGCCCCAAGUACUGUGUACUUGUACUAUUUAUAAAGAUCGUUUAGGUGGUUUUAACAAAAAUGGUUUAUGAAUAUAUGUAAACAAAUUAAAUUGACUCGAUUAUAA